AUCUUUUUCUAUUUCAGUCUCACUGUCUGGUAUCUUCUUCUCUGCCCUGCCUUUUCUUCUUCUACUUCUCCCUUAGCAACUAGCUAGCCCUCCUUGAGCUUCAUUAUAGGCAGUAGGCAGCAUGAAGGAAAAUGGUUGCAGUAGGAAACAGGGUGCAGCUUCACCAUGCGCAGCUUGUAAGCUACUGAGGAGGAGGUGUGCGCAGGACUGUGUUUUUGCUCCUUACUUUCCUGCAGAUGAGCCCCAGAAGUUCGCUAAUGUUCACAAAGUCUUUGGUGCCAGUAAUGUCAACAAAAUGUUGCAGGAGCUACCGGAGCACCAGAGAGGAGAUGCGGUGAGUAGCAUGGUGUAUGAAGCAAAUGCAAGGGUCCGGGACCCGGUUUACGGGUGCGUCGGGGCCAUAUCAUCUCUGCAACAACAGAUUGAUGUGCUUCAAACUCAACUCGCUCUGGCUCAGGCUGAGGUGGUGCACCUUAGGGUUAGGCAGACGCAGUCCAUCUCCAACCACGGGCUGAGCCCCGCGAGCCCAAGCAAUAGCGGCUCGCCGUCGUCGCGGUUCAUUGGUUCACAGUCCCGGCCCAUUUUCGACAUGGAUAUGAUGAUGGACCAUAGCAGCUUGGGAUUGGGAGAGUCUAUGUGGUCCUGCUGAGCUUAAUUACCUGAGAGUUACUAAUUAGCUUCUACUCUACGAGAGUAAUUGAUCAUGCUUAAUUUUGCUUUCCUUACUAUACAUGGGGUAAAAUCUAGUGACGGUAAAAGCGGAGGCGGCGAGGACAGUGAUGGUACUGACUAAGGUUAUUCGCCCGCUUGGAUCCGAGAUCGGUUUCUAUGAGUUGCUAGAUUGUAAAUAUAGUUUUAACUUUUUAUAUAUUGGGUAAUCAUAUAUUGGCUUGUGGGACUUAUUUUCAUUUUGAGUCAAGUGACUUUAUGACUUUGGUAUUGUAAUUUGAUUCGAGUGCUUGAUGACUUUGAAGGCACCAACCUAUUUAGAUGGGUUGGGAAGUAGAGUUGGGCACUGUAUUUGAAAGAGGAAGGGGGAUAGUACUGGAGACGAGAGAGAUGACUCUUUUAUUGGUCUCAAUAUUUGAAUAUUUAAUUGAUGCUUUGCUACUUAUGAAAGAAGACUUUCUUUGUGAA